AUGCGGCCCGGCCCUUUCGCCGCGGGAAGACUGAAAAUACCUCCAGCAGCGAAGCCUUUCAAACCGAGCGAGGUGGAGGAACCCUCUGCAACUGUUGUCGAAACGGAUAAGGCCGACAUUGAGGAACACAAACAACCAACUAGCCAGACAACCGACCAUGAUGAGAACAUAAAGGAGGCCGAGGUUAGAGUGGCACCUACGGAUCAAGAGGUCCAAGAACAAGACGUGGUAGCAGAGUCGAACCGAAUCCUAUCUCGAAUAGCGAUGUGGGACCAACAAGAACAAGCCGUGCCGGAAUCUACGCCUGUGCCGGCAGACGAUCUCGCACCGUCAGAACACAUCCAUGUUAUGGGACUUGACCCUGUUGGCCGCUACAUCACGCAUAUUUUGGCCAGCUGCGACCACAUCCCUCCGGUGCGCUAUGUGAUGCACACCCCUGGUGUACACAAUGUUUUCAAGCAGAAUGAUCGAAAGUUGACGCUUUACCGUGGCGAUCAGAUGAUCACCACCAAUCGGAUUAUCGCUGUGAAUUUCAACCAAGGCGGCGAUUAUACGAGUCCGAAGCAAUAUGCGCUACCAAGCCUCAUCAGUAAUCUGAUAAUCACCACUCCAGCCGCUGACAUUGUUCGGAUUUUGGAGCCGAUCAAGCACAGGCUCGAUCACAGGUCCACCAUUGUCCUGAUUAAUGAUGGCUUGGGUGUCGUCGAGGACCUCAUCAAGACGUAUUAUCCUUCGUCCAUUACUCGCCCAACCUUUAUUCUUGGACAAUUCACUGGAAAGUUGGGCUAUACGGGCGAGCAAUUCUCGGUGGAGGAAGUCGAGCUGGGCAGACUUCGCAUGUCAAUUUACCCCCAGCAGAUUCAGCAGUCUGGUGUUCGCAUCGUUCGCCACCCGCCGAUCGAGCACACGUUGAAGCCAACGCGCCUCCUGAGGACACUGACUGCGAUACCCGACUUGCGGGCGGCAGGUUUCCCCAUGGAUGACUUCUUCAAGAAGGCGUUGCCAACCAUUGUCUUUCGAUCCAUUGUGGACCCUCUGACGGUUGUUCUCGACAGCACCUACGAUAAGCUGCCGAAGAAUGCGUACGCGAGGCUGGUCAUGGACCAGCUUCUUAGUGAGCUCUGUGGGGUAAUCUCCAGACUCCCAGAGGUCAGAGACUCUCCAGACUUCUCUCGGUUGACUGUCAUACAGAGGUUGAGGAAGGAGAUUUAUCACAAGCUGGUGAGACAGCAGACUUCCAGCUCGAGGAUGCGGUCGAAUGUGGCUCGGGGCUGGGCUACCGAUAUCGAUUACCAGACAGGCUACUUUGUCGAGCGUGGUCGGCAGCUGGGGUUGCGGGUCGAGAAUCUCAACUCGCUCAUUGCCGAGGUCAAGGCCAAGCAAAAGAUCCAGAUGGACAGGCAGAACAUGCAGAUACCUUUCCAACUGUGA